CUCCCUGGUUUAUUCUACAUUUGAAGACUGAACCUCAGCUAUGAUAUGUCUACGGACCAAGUUUGCGAUAGACAUGAGUUUGAGACAGGGAGAGACUUCUGUUGCACAAAUUGGCUUUCAAAAAGCAUGACACUGUCACUAUAAAGAUCCACUUAUGAAAAGCCAAACCAUUUCACAUUCGCAUAUGCUUGGAACAGUAUUUCCACAUCCGAGAAGUAGGGACCAUUUUUGCUUUCGCAAACCUGGCUAAACUCUGCCCCUUCUUCCUCUCUCUCCCUCCCGUCCUACCCAGUUGACCAUGAGUAUGAGCGGCACAUUGGAGAAGGGGGCUCACCACCAGGCCCUUGACCUCUCUGAGGAGCUCUCCCCCCACAUGCACCCCCACCAUCACCCCCACCACCAGCACCACCACCACCUCCAGCACUCCAACUCCCUGGCCUCCACCGCCCCCGUGGGGACACCCUCCGGCGUGGUGGUGCCUCCCCCGUACUUUGCAGCCGAGAGCGGGGGAGGAGGGAGUGACGCUCCCCUGGAGCUGAGGGGCUCUCUGGACUGCUGGGCGUGCUCAGUGCUGGUGACGGCCCAGAACCUGGUCAUAGCGGCGAUCAACGCCUGCCUGGCCGGACUGGUGUUCGGACUCAUCCUCACCCCGGCUAUAGUGAUGGUGGUGUUUGGGUUCCUGUGUCAUUCUACGGUGCGCCCUCAGGGGACGACCCGCUACUGUUCGGACCUGCUGAGCGACGGGGGCUGUGUGGCCCUCCUAGUGGUCGGGUUCCUCCUGGUCACCCCCCUCCUGGUACUGGCUCUGGCUGCCUACUGCCGCCUGGCGCGUCACCUCCAGUUGGGGCUCUGCUUCAUACCGUACUCCAGGGCCGUCUACAAGAACCUGCCCGCUACAAAACACCAUGGCCUGGGAGGGGGCUGCUGUGGAGGCAGCAGGUCUGGAGGGGAGGGAGGCGGGAAGGGAAAGGUCUGGGUGUGAAGGGGGAGAAAGGGGAGGGAUUGAGGUUGGAGGAGGGUGCAAGGAGGAGAGAGAGAGGGAGGAUGGAGGAGAGAGGAAGAGGCAGAAAGAGAGAAAGACAAGGGGGUAAGAUAGAGAGAGAGAGGGAGAAAGGAGGGAGGGAGAGUGAGUGAGGGGGAGGAAGGGCGAGCCAAGAUUAGAGGAGAUGGGAUGAGAGGAGGGAGAUGGGAUGAGAGGGAGGAAAUGAAAGGAGGGAAGAAUUACAUUAGAGAAGGGAGGAGGAGAAGGAGGACAGAAACUACAGCAGCCAAACUAAUAUCUGGGAAGACUACAGUAUAGGCACCAUAGUUUAAAGAACAAAGUUAACCAUUCCUCUGGCCUGAGUUCAACCGAAGUAACCUCCCUCACACCACCACGUUAUCUGCUAUCCCUUUAAUGUAAAAAUUGCUUUUAAACCAUUGAUAUAUUGUGUUCGAAAAUGUUAUAGCAGACGAAAAAGGAGCAGGGAUUUUUACACUGUUCUAGAAGUAGAGGCAAUAAAUCAACAGCAAGCAUCUCAAUCACACCGCAGACCACGUUUCGUUUAUGCAGUGAAACACUGGGCAUUAAUGAAGAAUAUAUCACUGCCAUGUGUCCACAUUUUAUAAAACAUUUGAGUCAUUUAGCAGGAAGCUCUUUCCAGAGCAACUGGGGUUAAGUGCAUUGCUCAAAGGUACAUAGACACAUGUUUCACCUAUUAAACACUCUGGGAUUUAAACCAGCAACCUUUUACUUACCUGCCCAACGCUCUUAACCACUAGGCUACCUACACCUCUUUAAGAUAUCAAUAACAUUGAUUCAAGACAAUGUCUUUAAGCAUUUAUACACCAUGAAGGACAUUUUGUGUUUAGCAUAGUUUGUACAUUUAAUUUACUAAGGUGUAUGACUACUACUGUUUCUUGUACAUUUCCUUUUUUCAAAUAUAGCCUAUUUGGAAUCAA